AGUCGAACCGUCCAAAACCAUUGCAUGGGCAAAAGCAAUGAGCAAAGGCAAAGGCAUGGCAUAAGUCUGCAGUUUUAUGUCAUCCACUAAACGAUUUAGUCCCUAAAAAUAUAUAAAACACUUCAGAACUCGAAAUCCCUAGUACCUUCCUAAAUAAAAAGAAAAUUCCAUAAUAAAAUCUAUUUAAAAAAGAAAUCAGUGAAUAAAAGUGAAAAUCCUCAGUAAACUUAUUCACAAAUAUGUGCCUUGUUUAUAAUAAGUUGUUUUAUAAAAAGAAGUGAAAAAACACGGAAGUUUGCUUAUGUAUCUUUGAGAUACAAACCGUCAACAGAACUAAAUGAAAAUCAAUAAUUUUCGUCAAAAGAAUAUUAUACCUACCUACCUACCAUAACCUACUCUUGGCACAAUCAAACAUUUUUUUAAGGCGAAGGAUAUUUUUCAAUGCCAUCACCAUCACCAUCACACUUCUCUGAAUUGGUAUGAGGUGCAUUGCGUAUUUCAAGCCGUUACGACACAUCUGAAAAUUGAACUUGAAGGUUUUUUUUUCAAUUAUAAACAUACCUAUAACAACUUCCUCUGUCGUCGUCGUCGUCACCGAUGCCGCCUAUUGCAACUAUGAGGACCGUUUUUAAUGGAAGCGUGUGUUUGCGGCGCAAAUGAAAGGUGUCACCUUUGGAUAUUGAAUUUUUCCUGACCCAUUGACCAAUCUACGGUCACUCGACUGGAACCCAGAGAAUCAUCAACAUGGUAGACUUAAAUAUGCCCCCAACACCCCCUAUGGGGGAGAGCUCCAAAAUCAAAAGCCUAAUGGGGCGCACACCUGGAAUAUUGAAGUCGAAAUUCCUCACCGUUCUGGGCAAUAGCAACGAGCUGCUCAAUGGGAUUUCAAAUAGACUGACACUUAGUAUAAGCUCCAGUGAUUCAGAUUACUGUGACGAUGAUGAGGAAGAAGUUCCGCAAUAUGACGAGACAAUAGAUUAUACAAAAAUCGAUUUUGAAUCAAGAAGAGUUAAGGCAAGACGUGCUCAUGAAGAAAUAAUAUCUGGCAGAUAUCGUCAUCCCAAUUGGGAACCAAAGGCUAGAUUGGAUACAGGUACUGCAGCUGCCCAGACAAAACCCUCAUCAUCAUCAUCAAGUUCAAGUGAAGGUUCUAUGGAUGGUGGGGGUGGUGGUAGAUGUGGUGGGCCAAGGGGUGGUGUUAGCCAGAAAUAUCGUAGAGAUUCCAUAGGUUCGAAAUCCACCCACGACGAUGACAUUGACUUUGACAUAGACAUAGAAAACGACUUGAAAAAAAUCAAUGAAUUGCUGAGCACACCACCAGCAAUUGAUGUCGAAUCUACACCCCUUUCGCCACCACUCCACCAUCAUCAACAGCAAUCGCCACUGCAGCCUGCAACCACGGAUGUUAUACAAAACGAUGGAAAGCUAAAAGUUGCUGGCAAUUCUCCAAAUCAAGUACCCAGCAAAACCUCAAACAGCAGUACAUUGACCAGCCUUCAUGACCCGGUUCAAGCGAGCCCGAGCCUGGAGUCAACAGACUGGAAGAACUACAUUCGUUCCGAGUCUCAGAAUUCGGUGCCAUCGUGGGCGUCCUCGAUAAGUUUGGACGAACGCGACCAUAGAUCUGACGAUCCGACAAAAGAAUUUAUGAGGAAAUUCGUUGACAUUAUGUUCACAAAUCCGUCGACAAUUGUAUUGGAACUCAAGUCGGAAUUUGGACAAAUGGCCAGACAGGAAACUGGCCGAUUGUGGUUUUGUCGCUAUGUUAUGGCCCAGAAACUGAAAUCGAAACGGGUGGAUGAGAUAACAUUUUAUUCGUUGGUGCAGAAUUUUGCAAUAAUUCUGUUCGAGAGCACCGAGAGUGAAGACUAUACGCCAGCGGCGAGCGUUAUGAAUAUGUGCUUUACAUUUUAUCAUGAAAUCGAAGUUCCUGGCUGUGAGCCUUACAGGGAAUACCUUUUUACUUACCUUCGACAACAACCUAUUUGGCAUACACUUCGAUUCUGGAAUGCUGCCUUUUAUGAUGCCCUACAAAGUAAACGGGAACAGCAAAUGACAGUUUCUCAGAAGAAACGAGGCAAAAAGAAUCCCAAUAAUCCGUGGCAAUCACUAUCACGGGGACAAAGCGAAGGAGAGGAAGAACAUUCCGAUUCGUCUAGUUCGUCAUCACAUCAUAGUUUUGCUGCUAGUGGUGUAAAUGACUUGACCGAUAAUCAAAAAUUCCAACAACAUGUUGCCUUCCAACAAUUGGGAACUUUCACUUGUAACAUGCACUCGCUUGGUAUUAGCAAAGAUUUGUGUCUAGAAUUUCUAAUGAAACAAAAUGCAACUGUUCGACUACCAAGAGAAAAAGUGCAACUAAUACGCGAUAAUAUCAACCGAAUGUAUCAUGAAACCGAUCUUUGGGGUGCAAAAGAAUCGUGAAGAUAUUUAAAAAAUCAAAAAAUCCCACACAACAACAAAAACUUUUCUAUGCGUUUUUCAAUAUUUCACUUUUGAAAAACAUACAUUCGUUAAAAUCUUUAUCAAAAGAGACUCAAUCUGUAUUUUUAAGAUAAUAAUUAAAUUAAAAAUUGAACAAUGUUUAUACUAAGAAAACAAAAAAAAAAAAACAAAAUCUCUUAUUCUUAACAAAUACAAAAAAAACUAACUAUUUUUCUCUCUUUUUGUUGUUGAUGAAAAAAAAAAUCAUGUGUUAGUUUAUAGUACUUCAAAAUGCAAAAAUAAUAACAAUAAACUUUAUAAAUACCGCACUUUUUAAAAUCGGAAGUUUUUCGGUACAAAUUGUGAUACGAUUUAUUUAUUUGUGAUUUAAAAUUACAUUUUAGAAAAAAAUAGAUAUUUAAAUCUAAGAAUAUUAAUUAGUGUAAGUUAACAAAUUUAAUAAACAAAUGAAAUGAUGUUUAAAAAAAAUGCAAUAUUUAGCAAAAGAAUAAAUAGAACAGAGUAUUUUAUCUAAUAUAUUUUAAGUAUGAGCAUUGAGCAAUCAAGCAAAGCAUAUAUGAGCAAGAAACACUAUUUUUGAUGGAAUACAAGCUUUAUUUUUUAAUGUAUAUACGAAACAUAAUAAUUAACAAAUUUAAUAGACAAUUUAAAUAUUUAAUCCUUUAAAUCCGCCAUGAAGAAAAAAAAACAAAACUUACAGAAAAACAAUCAAAGGGAUUGUAAGAUGAGAGUGAACACUAAAAGUGCGCCUUUUAAUUUUGUACAAAAAUUAAUGUAGAUUGUAUUUAGAUAGAAAUAAAUGUAUUGCCUAAUGAAAAAUGUU